UCUCUAAUGUUUGUUUCCACUGAUCCACAUAAUACUUUGCCUCUACCACAAAACAAGUGAAAGCAAAACGGUGCGUUUAGAGAGAGAGAGAGAGAGAGGAUGGACGGAAGAGGUGAGUGUUGCAUCGCUAGAUAUGCAACCGGUACAUGCCAUAUGUCCACGAUGGACAGAAUAAUGCUUAGGUUUCGUCCCAUCGCGCCGAAACCGGUAGCCGGAGGCGCCUCUUCCGACGGUUCUUCGUCGGAGAGCAGCGACGCUUUCUCCAAAAACGGCCGAACUAAGAGAAAGUACGUCAGAGAAAACAACACCACCGGCAAACGAAGGAUACGGCGGAGGAAGACUCCGGUGCCGGUGGUGACUCUCCCGUUGAUUCCGGAAACUCCCGAUCCGAAGGAUCCUCCGGUGAGAGAUCUAACCCUAUCUGCAGGAGAGGAAGUGCAAAACAACAAUAACAAAAACAUGCCGGUGUGGCUGAGUUUCGAGAAUCGAAGCACUGCGAAGGUGGAACCCUAUUGGUACUGCGGUGCGAUGGAUCAGCCAGCGAUGAGGUAUUCGUGCGUGACAGUGGUGUGCGUGACGGACACGUGGGUGGAGGGAGACGGGCUAGGGAGUACGGACGAGGAACGGAGGGUGAAGAUGAGCAGUGACACGUGUCCGGGGUUCAUAUCAGACGGUUACGGGAGGGUGACGUGGACGAACGGUGCGUACGGGGAGAUGAUGGGGAACGAGGGUGAGGGACUAGUGUUACUUGUGAUGAAGGUGAGUACAGUGGUUCUUUACCCUUCGUUCACGUGCAGGGUGAGGGUGGUGCAGUACGCGUGUGGGAGAGAGAGGAACUCAUUAACGGUUCCCUGUGAUGCGUGGAGGAUGGACUGUGGUGGUUUUGCAUGGAGAUUAGACGUUAAAGCUGCUCUUAGCUUGAGAUUGGGUUCCUAAACGAUGUCGUUCCGUUCCAUGCUCGUGAGAAUACUAAUAAUCCUCUCUUUGGUUUUGAUCUCCAACCUUGGUGUUGAGAAUUGUGAAUACAUAACCACAAGUUAAGGCUUGCUUGAGUGUAAAUUAAUGCAUGUGUACUUUUUUUGUUCCCUUAAAUCCUUAGAUAAAAUGGCUUUCCGGUUUGAGUUUGAGUUUGAGCUUGGAACAGUGGUGUUCUAAUGAAAUAUCUGAAUACCAUUUAUCAAUGUAAUCAAUGUUAGUAACACCCCAAUAGCUAGUGAAAGUUUUUUGUGGGUCAUACUUAUUAUUUGCGCGAUCUGACAACUCUGUUGCUUCUAUAUCUUUACUUAUUGUUAGAUCUAGAUUGUACUUUUUUAUUUAUUCGUUUAAUUUAAUUAAUCGUCUAAGUGGUCAUCUGUUUGUGCCGUAAAGACAAAACGAAAAAGCUGUAAAAUGUAAUGGGAGGAGAUAGGAGAUGGGAAGUGGGACAAAUGGGCAAAUGGCUUAGGAGUUAGAUGUCUACGUGGUCGUAUUGAAUCACUUGGGAUGCCAUUGAGUCAUUAAUCUUGGAACUCUGGCGUCUGGUUAUUGCUCCACGUUGCUGCACCUGAGCACAGCAUGUAAACUUUUACUUUUCC